UUUCAAGUGCUUUAAGACUAUACGGCACUACUCCAAGAAUUCAAUCACCAAUAGAGCUUUCACAUUUCUUCCUUUUACAUUAAUAUUUCACACAAGUCCAUCUUCAUCCAUGGCCACUCUCCAAUCCCACCUCCAUUUCUUGCCCUUGAACUCCCCAAAACUCAUUCACUUUAAGAACCCUCAUUCUUGUUCAUUCUCCAAGAAACUUCUGCUCUCCAAGAAUCUGUUUUCGGCCAAGAAAUUUCAUGGGGUUUUGCGUUCAAGGUUCACUAGCUAUUGCAAAGCAAGUGCUAGUAGUAGUAGCAGCGCUGAGAUUGAGAAGUCCGUUUCGACGGAGAGUGGAAAUGAGAGGCCUCCGUUUGAUAUUAACUUGGCUGUUAUUCUUGCUGGUUUUGCAUUUGAAGCUUACACCACUCCGCCUGAGAAAGUUGGCCAGCGUGAAAUGGAUGCAGCAAAGUGCCAGACAGUGUUCCUCUCAGAGUCAUUUCUACGAGAAAUUUAUGAUGGCCAAUUAUUUGUUAAGCUAAAGAAAGGUUUCAACUUUCCUGCAAUGGAUCCAUGGGGAACUAGUGAUCCAUAUGUGAUCGUGCAAUUGGACUGUCAAGUAGUCAAAAGCAAGGUCAAAUGGGGGACGAAAGAACCCACAUGGAAUGAGGAGUUUGCUUUGAACAUCAAACAACCACCAAUGCACAAUCUUCAGGUUGCAGCUUGGGAUGCAAAUCUUGUGACUCCACACAAACGCAUGGGGAAUGCCGGUAUUGAUUUGGAAAACCUUUGUGACGGAAAUUCGCAUGAAGUGCUUCUUGAUUUGGAAGGGAUGGGAGGUGGCGGAAAGAUAGAGCUAGAGGUCAAGUACAAGAGUUUUGAGAAAAUGGAUGAGGAAAAGAAAUGGUGGAAAAUUCCUGUUGUCACUGAAUUUCUCCAGAAAAAUGGUUUUGAGCCUGCACUUAAGAUGCUUGUUGGGUCAGAAACUGUUCAAGCACGCGAGUUCGUGCAGUUUGCUUUUGGACAGCUAAAGUCUAUUAAUGAUUCAUAUCUGCAGAAGGAUUGGUUUUCCAAUUACAAAACUUCCAGUGAUCCUGACGUACAGACUGAUAAGCAUCUAGAGCAGGAGAAUAGUAAAGAGGGCUCUACAAAUGAAACAAGCCAAAAGCAAAGCACCAAUAAAGCGGAGCACAAAAUGGAUGAUAUGCAUAAAUCCUCGCAAGAUAGUCAAGUUGGGGAGAAUUCAUGGUCUGACAAGCAGUUCUGGAAGAAGUUAGCAGAUUCUGUCAAUCAAAAUGUCGUCCAAAAACUUGGUUUUCCUGCUCCUGAGAAAAUAAAGUGGGAAGGCUUUGACUUACUAAAGAAUAUUGGCUCGCAGUCUCGUGAAAUUGCUGAUGCAAGUUAUGUUGAGUCUGGACUCGCAACUCCAAGUAAUCAGGAAGCAACUGAUGAGGCAAAGGAUGGAUCAGCGCCUGUAAACACAACGCAGACAUCUCUACCAGACAUUAAGAAAGUGACACAAGAUAUAUUACGGCAAACUGACUCAAUUUUGGGUGCAUUAAUGGUUGUAAAUGCUGCAGUUUCUAAGUUGAACAAAGAAUCUGGAGUCGAAGAAAGUAAAACAUUAACAAGUCAGCCGAAUGGGUUAGUACUGAAUGAGAAGGAAGCUGAGGAGAUGAGGGCACUGUUCUCAACAGCUGAGAGUGCCAUGGAGGCCUGGGCAAUGCUAGCAAAUGCAUUGGGCCAUCCAACAUUUAUUAAAUCUGAGUUUGAAAAAAUUUGCUUCUUGGAUAAUUCAGAAACAGACACUCAGGUAGCAAUUUGGCGUGACCUUGAAAGAAAAAGACUUGUUAUAGCUUUCAGAGGAACAGAACAAUCUAGGUGGAAAGAUCUCCGGACAGAUUUGAUGCUAGUUCCUGCCGGACUAAAUCCUGAAAGGAUAGGUGGUGAUUUUAAGCAAGAAGUUCAGGUUCAUAGUGGUUUUCUGAGUGCAUAUGAUUCUGUUAGGACAAGACUUAUCUCACUCAUUAAACAGGCUAUUGGUCACAGCAGAGAUGAUUCUUCGGAUCUGCUUCCCAAAUGGCAUAUUUAUGUGACGGGACAUAGUUUGGGGGGUGCAUUAGCUACACUUUUGGCUCUUGAACUGUCAUCAAGUCAAUUAGCAAAGCACCGAGCUAUUUCUGUGACCAUGUAUAAUUUUGGAUCUCCUAGAGUUGGAAACAGAAGAUUUGCUGAAGUCUACAAUGAGAAAGUGAAGGACAGUUGGAGAGUUGUAAACCAUAGGGACAUAAUACCAACAGUGCCACGCUUGAUGGGAUACUGUCAUGUAGCUCAACCAGUUUAUUUGGCAGCUGGAGAUCUCAGAAGUGCAUCAGAUAAUGUGGAUGUUCUGGAGGACGGAUAUCAAGGUGAUGUUAUUGGAGAAGCAACACCUGAUGUGCUUGUCAGUGAAUUUAUGAAAGGUGAGAAAGAACUUGUGGAGAACAUAUUGAAUACAGAAAUUAAUAUUUUUCGGUCGAUUAGAGAUGGAAGUGCUCUAAUGCAACAUAUGGAGGAUUUCUACUAUAUUACAUUGUUGGAGAAUGUGAGAUCUAACUAUCAAAGCGUUGGAGGACAACCACCAGCAGAUCAAAAGCUGUCAAUUUGAAAUUUACUUAUAAGGAACUUACAACAUAGUGGAGUUUCCUAUACUAUACAAGAAAGCCAGUCGGUCAAGCAUAUAUGCUUUUUAUGGUUUUUCUGAUUAGAGAGCGAUGAAUGAGCUUCACAUAUGUAUUUGUGUCAUUUAUAUAACGAUCAUUCCCUUGUAUGUGAACUGCAAGACUCCCCAUCACUUGGUUUGUAUUCUUACUCAUGGUUGUCUGUGCAAGUAUCUUAGACAAUAUUAAUUUGAUUUAUGUAUAGAUAGAUAUUUGUUUUCA